GCGGCGGGACGGGCGGCGGGGGGUCCUGUGAAGGCUGCGCGGGGCCGGGGUGGCGUGUACAGGAGGGCUCGCAGCCCCCGGGUGGGGUCUGGGGGGCAGGCGGCAGCGACUGGCUGCGUUUUCAGGCGUGUGCGCGGUACUGCCGUACCCCAGAGGGGCGGCGAGCCUGGGUCCCUGCGGCCUGCUGCUGCGCGCCGGUCCCCUCAGACCCGUCGCUGCCCGUGCGGAAGAGCCGCGGUGCCCUUCCGCGCCGUUGAGGCAGGGCCCUGCCCGCGUGCUGACCUGGAACCCGCCAUUGGAGUUCGGGGUGAGACGCGAGCCGUCACCUCCAGCCGUUUCCCGGGCUGCUCCUCCGAUGUGGUGGCGUUAGGUGGUGACAGACCGUAGGCAGUGGCAACAGGAAAGGGGCUGUCAGCAGCGCCUAGAAUCGCUGCAGCUUUUCCUGUGGGCAGCUGCUGGUGGUUGGCGGGUUAGGAGAAAGCUGUGAUGGCUAGAGAAGCUAGCAGAAGUUUGAAUUUGAAUAAGGUAUUCAGGCCUGGAAAGGAAAAUUUAUCUUCGACUCUGGUCAUCGAAUCUUAGUGUUCAUCUGUGUUAGACCUCCAGUAUCAAUUGUUGAGUCUGCAGACUGGAAGUUAUAAUUCAUUGGAAUGUAUUUCAGCAAGCUCCAGAUUAGAAUAAUUUUCAGGGGUCCCACACUUAGUCACCUAACCAGAUCUCUCCAGGAGGGAAAACUACAACCUGGCCUGCGGUGAUAAAGAUAAUAACUUGAUGUUACAAGCGUAGGGAAAGUAGUAGAAAGGAAGAUCCAGUGGCUCUUUGCGAAUCAGUAGCUGUCACACCCCCAGACCAUAUCUCAGAUAUUUUUGUUGAAAGUAGAUAAAAUGGCGACAUUAAUUCACACUUUAGCAGAUCAUAGUGAUGAUGUCAACUACUGUGCCUUCUCAUCAUUGUGCCUGGCUACUUGUUCCAUGGACAAAACAAUUCGCGUUUAUUCUCUAAACAACUUUACUGAGCUUCCAUACUCGCCUUUAAAAGGUCAUACAUACGCUGUCCACUGCUGCUGCUUCUCUCCAUCAGGACAUGUUUUAGCUUCCUGUUCAACAGAUGGCACUACCAUGGUUUGGGACACUCGUGAUGGCCGGAUGCUGACAGUGCUAGAGCAGCCCAGCGGCAGUCCUGUUAGAAUCUGCCGAUUUUCUCCUGAGUCCACAUACCUAGUGUCAGGGGCAGCGGAUGGAAGUGUAGCUCUUUGGAACAUGCAGACAUUGAAACUGUACAGAUCUGGGAAUGUUAAAGAUGGUUCUUUGGUGGCCUGUACAUUUUCUCCUAAUGGAAAUUUCUUUGUCACUGGAUCAUCGUAUGGUGAUUUAACCAUUUGGGAUGAUAAAAUGAGAUGCCUGUAUAAUGAAAAAGCACAUGAUCUUGGUGUUACCUGCUGUGAUAUUUCUUCGCAGCCAAUUUCUGGUGGUGAGCAUGGAUUCACAUACUUCCAGAUGGCUUCUUGUGGUCAAGAUAAUCAGCUCAAACUCUGGCUUAUUUUGUUUGCAGAUUUCUUAGGUGUUGAAUUAAAAUAUAAAUGCACAUUGAAUGGACAUUCUGCCCCAGUUCUGGCUUGUGCAUUUUCUUAUGAUGGGCAGAUGUUAGUUUCAGGGUCUGUGGACAAGUGUGUCAUAAUAUAUGAAACUAGUACUGGCAAUAUCCUUCAUACUUUGUCUCAGCAUACCAGAUAUGUUACAACUUGUGCUUUUGCACCAUGUAGUCCCUUACUUGCCACAGGUUCAAUGGAUAAAACUGUGAACAUAUGGCAGUUUGACCAUAAGCAACCCUGUGCAGGAAAUACUGUAGAAAAUGAAUCUAAGGUGGCUGUUGAGGAGUGGUCAGAGGAUGAUGUUUCAGCCUGGCUUUGUGCACAAGAUUUAGCAGACUUCGUUGGGCUUUUCAAAAUGAAUAACAUUGAUGGCAAGCAACUACUAAAUCUUACUAAAGAAAGUCUGACUAAUGAAUUAAAAAUUGAGUCUCUAGGCCUGCGCAGUAAAGUCCUUCAGAAGAUUGAAGAACUGAGAAUGAAAAUGAUCUCUGUUUCUGUUACUAUCCCUGAUGAGUUCGUAUGUCCCAUAACAAGAGAACUUAUGAAGGAUCCUGUCAUUGCAGCAGAUGGCUAUUCCUAUGAAAAGGAAGCAAUGGAAAACUGGAUCAGCAAUAAGAGACGAUCUAGUCCCAUGACAAAUCUUCCUCUCCCCUCUCUUAUGCUUACACCAAACAGGACACUGAAAAUGGCUAUCAGUCGCUGGCUAGAAAUGCAGCAGAAGUAGAAUUAAACCGCUUAGUUUUGAGCUUGAUUGUUAAAAUUAAUUGAAAUUAAAUUGUACGAAGCUAAAGGAAAUAAUUAUAAACAAAUGGAAAGAAAAAAUUAUGUUUCUGGUCUAAUCUCUGGCUGUCAUGUAAAUGUUUGCUAGAAGGAUAAUGUUCACUGUUGGAAGCUUCCAGAAAACUACAGAAAAACUUCCAAGUUACUAGUAAUUUUACUUUGUGGUAUUCUGUUUGAGGAACAAAGCAGUCAGAGUCACAGUUUUUCAAAUAAAGUUUUCUUUAAAUUUUCACUACA